CAUGUAUAAUUUAAAAUUAUAUUAUUUUGCUAAUAUAAGCAUUUAAAAACAUUUUAUAAAUGAAAUUUUUGAAAAUCAAAAUAUCUUUAAAAAUAAACAUAGUUAUAAAAUUAAAACGAAUUGCAUCUCAAGUUACAGUACCAUAAACAAUUAAAAGUAAUAGCGAAAUUGCAUCGUGUCUAUGUCUGUGAUAAUAUGUUUGUGCUACUGAUCUUGCUCUACAUAGGCUCUAAUCCCAGUAGAGCUACGGAACUGUUUGGAAGUGUUCCGACAUACAGAUUAAUGAGCGUGUGUUAAAGUUACUUGUGUUACACAUGUACACAUACUUAUGUUCUGAUCAAGAAGUUAAGAGUACACAACAAUAAAAUAAGUUUGAAGAAGUAUGUAAUGUAAUUUAUAUAAUGUUGGAGAUCAUACCAACAUAUACACACUUUGUGCACAUGACUAAGUACAUAGGUGUGACACUUCCAAAUAAUGUUUAUCUCUUUGUCAAUAAAAUUCAGUCCAGAUUAAUUCAAUGUCAUAAAUAAUACAUAAACUUUUUCAACUCAGGGUUUUUAAGACUUUAUUACUUUUAACUUGUUAAUGCACCAGAAAAUAGGUAGCUACGCACAUGAAGUUACCAACAGUCUGUAACAAUAUCUCGGUUUAUAAAGUAAAAUUAUUUAUUAUAACAAAACGCUUUGUUUUAUUUACUGAUUGUUUAAAAUAGUUCGCGCCGACUAGCAUAGAGCAGCGGUGAACAGAAAAACGUUAUUUCAAGACCACUGAGUCUUUAUUUUAGCGUCAAAUAUUUCACUUGUGAUAAAAGUAAUUAUUGCUUUAGGUUUCGUUUGUUGUUUAUUUCAAAUCAUUUAAACUGUUUUUGAAUAGCGCUGUUGACGUCUAUUAAUGGUUCUGUGUUAUGCUGGCAGUGUAAAUGUGAAAUGGAGACACUGCGUUCGCCUAUUUCACUUCUUAUUACAUCACCUUUUGAAUGCUGCCCUAUUCCACUAAGUAAUAGUAGAGUAAGUUUUUUUUUUAUUAUGCAUCAGUAGAAAACUGAAUGCUUCUGAAACCAUAUGAUUUACAUCAGUGCUUCACUAUGGAAUCUUCCUACCAUAGAUCCUAAACGUAGAAGAAGGAUUUUCAGUUAAGCAGUUAGAAAAUCACUUAAGUUCAAAUAAAUGGCGCCUAUUGGUCCGCUGCUGCGCUGGACCAACGUCGUCAGAAGCAGAGGACACACAAAUAAGACGACAACAGUACUGUGGAAAAGUGAAAUUUCACUUUUUAAAAUAUAAUUUCACUGAUUAAGAUUUUUUAUAUAAAAUUAGUAGUUAUAAUGUUUGUUGGUAAUUGAAUUGGUCCCUAGAGGGGUCUAGCUAUUGAGUUUUAACUGGACCACUCGGAGACACAUAGUAAAUGCUGCGUGCACCUGUCUAAAGUGCACAAAGACACAGAGUGCGUAAACAUAUAAAUAUUAUGAAGGUAUUAGAUCCUAACAAAUAACAGUUUAAAUCAUCACAUUCAUGCAGACGUAUCGGAACAUUUUAAAAGUUAUCUUAAGAGAAUGGGCGGGUUCGACUGUAUUAAUGGCCAGGUGUAGGAACACAAAAUUUUCCCUUUAGGCCAGGCUGUUUUUACAGAGGGAACAGCUGAUGCGUAUUUAACUGUGUUAAUGUGCUUCGCAAUGGACAACACAAAACAUUUUAUAUGUGUAGUGAAACAGGUCCGAAUUUACCAUGACUUUUGAAACUUUAACACAAACUUAGACUUCAUCAAUAAAUGGGGCAGUUCAAAAUUAAAAUCAAAUUUUUUAUCUCCUAAAUUUCACCAAAAAUAAAUUAAAGGUACCCUCGUAAAUAUAGUUAAAUACUUCUCAACACUGAAAAUACAGAUAGCACUUACUACUUACUAUGUUCUGCAUCAGACAAAACACGCUUCGAUACAAACAAUUUCAUAAUUAAAACAAGUUAUAACAAACUAUUUUUUAGGACUAAAAGUAAAUAUAGUGUAGCUUUCAAAAUUUAUUACAAUUUUUACAGUCUAAUUUUCGUUAUGACCAAUACAGCAGACUUAGUAGUACAUAUUAUUUAUAUGAUAAAUACUUACAUACAGCAAAGUAUCUUGUGACCAUAUGGAUAGAUUAAUUAAUCAAACGUAAACAAACAACAUAAUUAAGACAAUUCAAGUAGAAGUUAACUUAACAUAUUACGGAAACACAGAAAGAAAAUAUUCAAACAAAAUAGGAAUAUAUAUAUUGUGACAUAAAGGAAUCGAACAACAAUUACCUGAGAUAAUUACAGGAAACCUGAGGUAAGUAAGAUAUCUUCGACAUAUGCCAUUGCUGGUUAGCAUUGGUUGUCAUAUAAACACAUCAAGAAUGAACAAGAAAUUUAAAUCAAUACUUAACCACAUGGAGCAAAAAAUCAAAAUCAACUGAUGUCAAUUAUAAAAUAUUUAGACAGUACAGGAAUUCCGUGGAAGGAAUUAGUACGAAAGAAUCACAGAACAGAUAAUUUCAGUGGGCUGACAACAACGAGAUAGUUGCGACAAGAACAGUAAAUACAAAUAACAACACAGCGACGGACCGACAAACCCAACGUUGAAACUAAACAGAAAUUCUGGACAACACAACGACGCAAGCACAGGCGAAAACAGUAGGAUUUCUACAACACAAAGUAACGAAAAAUGGUAUUAUUUACCAUCUAAUUUCCAUAGUUAAAUAUUUUAUUUUGUUUGUCGUGUCUAGCCAGGUGUGGGAGGCGUGGUGCUGGGUUUAAUCAGUUUUAAUAGCGCCGUCACAUUAAAACCCAGUCACUAUUGCAAGAAGACGCGCGACUGUGUACAGCAAGGAGUUCUUGCCAGAAGUUUCCUACGUGAGGGAAAGACUUUAACCUAUUAUUAUAUUUGUCAAUAGUGUAAUUGCCUCGUUUAUCAGAGGCGGGAAGUGUCUUGCGCAUAUCUGAACAAUUGCUAGCGGGCAACUUCCCAGUAAGAGUUAGACAGAAAUUACAUUACUGUACUCGAAUUAAAUUCAAAGAAUUACACGCGUGUACCGGUGCGACGAGAUAAAACAAUCAAAAUACACUAAUUUAAGAAUCAAUAUAUAUUUUUUCUUGCAGUGAGAGGCUUAGAACGGGACACCUUACAAAUUACAAUAAUUCUGAAAACACUUAUGACAUAUGAGUACCAAAAUUACAAAAAAAUUUGGUAAGUGGAACUGAAAUAAUCAUGUAAAACAUUUCUACAUUCACAUUAAAGAAACUAUAUAGCUACAAGCAAUUUUCGCAGUAAUUCUGGGUUCCAAUUCUAUCCGAACAUUUAUGGUUUGUGAUGUUAUCCCAGUACCUGUUUCCUGAAUAGCUCUCCUGUAUGAAUUGCGCACAUAAAUAAGCAUAAUAAAAUAAACUCAAAUUGUUUAAUAUUCGAAUAUAUUUUCUAUGGUUUAAAAAAAUUAUACUCUUAUAAAAACUUCAUAAAAAAUAGAAAUAAUGCGCCAGUAUUCAAAAGCUUGACAAGAAAUAUUCAGUAUUGUUUCUAAAAACAAACUUCAAAUGUACAAAAAUAACUAUAGAAAUGUUUUGUAAAAUUAUGAAAUAUUUUUCUUGUAAUAUAAAAAAAUAUUUUUUUUGGCAACUGGUUUUAAAAAGGAAAUGAAGUAAAGGUACAAAAACAUACUGUGUUGGUAGCACAUUAUCAUUGUAACUUCUUUUUACUUUUAUCGUUGAAAUAAAAAAAUUGUCGGGACACGGCCGGCAGUUUUUAACGUGAAUACCUCGUGUAAAUGGAACUUAAAAACUAUGUUGGGCGACGUCCACCAUCUUAGCUUUAUUCUUCUUCUUUCAGGGUCUAGAUCGUUCGGCACUGCAGAGUGGCAACUGUUUGGAAUCGUCACAAGCCGAUCUUUUUAUUUUUAUUUUUUAAAUCGUCUGUUAUGGACAUUCCAAUUAGAUUAAUUCACUUUAUGCCUCAAAAUUGUAAUUUUUCACACUAUUAAAACUUUUCAAACGUGGUUUAAAAUUGUUAAUUUUUUUCUGCACAAAUGAAUUUAAUUUUACUCAAAUUGGGUACUGCGUACAUCCAACAUCUACUCUUAAAUUAUAUGUGUCACCAAUAAUCGAACGUUUGAAAAACUGGCCUAUUACUCAUAGUGACCUAUAAAUCUACAAAAAUAUUUUAUAACGGCCCAUACAUAAAAAAAACACACACAAACACACCAACACACACACACACUACAAAAUCUAUAUUAUUUUCGUUACAUUCCACUUUUCCAAAAGGAAUUCCGAUUUAUAUGAGGUAUUCACGCAAAAAAAGUUUUCUUGUGUACUUAGUUAUUUUAAAAGUGAAUCACAGGAGUUAUGUAGUCUACUGAAGUAUGUAGUUUUUCAUUGGCUGAAUAAGUGCGAAACGAUAUUCUUUUUCCCAAUUAGAGCCAAUAAAAAUAAAUAUUACAAAAAUUGGUUCAAACAGCACUUUCGAAUGGCCACUUGUAACUACGAUAAAUUAACAUUAUAUAGUGACUUUGGAACUUGGACAUGUUAAAGUAUUUUUUUUUGUGCAGUGUUGUUGUUUGGAUGGGGACCAAACUUUCUCUUAGCUUUGUGUAUCUAACAAAGGCCAGUCAAACUCAAGGGGCUCGUCUGGUCGGAGUGAGUGUGUGUGAGUUGGUAUGAUUAGCGCGACGCUCGCUGGUGGUUCUAACGCGAUAUCGCAUCUAAGCGCAAGGAUGUGUACUGUCGCGCAGUCUUCUCGUCGUUCAUAGGACCGUAACUUAAAUGGCAUAGAAAUGAAGAUAAAUGUGUAAUGCAAGUCCCUUAAGCGGUUUCAAGAAUCUGUACCGGCGAGUUUAGGCCUGAAAAUUACUCCGAAUACACGCCUUUUAGCAAUUUAAACGCUUCUAAAAAUACAUUUAAAAAAAAUUAAUCCGAAAUCAAAAGUACUUUUCGGCCCUCGGCGAACUCUUAAAUGAUUUUCCGUAAGCAGACCCCGCUCGGACGUCUUGAGUGGUUUUCGAAUCGCGUUGUUUUUUCUGAAGCUCUGCGCACCUCGUGUGCGUGCCAGGACAGAUGGCGCCCUCAAGAUGGCCGUCCAUACACAGCUCGGUGGCCGGGCGCUGCAAUGUUUCACCGAUUAUCGGGGGAGGAAAUUUUAUAAUUUCCGUCGUCACGGAAAAAAAAAAAUCACUAAAUAUUAUUAUUAUUAUUUUUUCAGAUUUUUACGGAAAAUGCGUUGAAGAGUAUCUCGCAAAUAAUCUUCCUGGCAAAAUCUACAGGAAUGCGUAGCGCGUCGGAGGGGGGGAGGGGGGGUGGGGGGAGGAGCAUAUUGUCGCCAGGUGGCCGCUGUCGUCUCGAGGCGCUGUUGACUCGCCUCGGGUGGAGGGAGGGGAAGAGCUCACCUCGCCGAUAAGGCAUGUCUGCGGGGCCCGGGAGGCUGCCUCAGGCAGUCCCGCCAUGGCCCGCUCCCCAUCGCUGCUCGCCGCCUCCGCCGCCUGCGGCCUGCUGGCGGCCAUCUUGCUCGUCGGCGUCGCUCCGGCCGGCUCCUCUGUCCUGCUGGGCGGAAGGUGCAAUAACACAGCCAACUGCAGUGUCCAGUUCUCGGCGUGCGUCUACAACGUAUGCCAUUGCGAAAAUGGCCGGGUGGCCAACACCUACGGCGACAUCUGCCUGCUGGAGGCGCAGAACGUGAACGACUCGUGCUCGGAGAACGCCCAGUGCUCGAGGGUCGCCAACACCGUGUGCACCGCGGGGAGGUGCGCAUGCGCGGCCGGCUACGUGCUCCAGUACGGCAGCUGCGUGCUCCCUGCGAACCCUCCCGGGGGCGGCUCCACCCCAGGGGGCAGCCCGCUGACCUGCUCCUCCGACAGAGACUGCAGCAGCGUCGUCAGGAACUCCGAGUGCCGGAGCGGGGUGUGCCAGUGCAAGAGAGGCUACCAGCUCUCGCCCGACCGCCAGCGGUGCAGCGCAGGCGCCGUGCUGCGCUCCCUGGUGGCCGUCGUGGCGCUGGGUCUGCUGCUGGUCAAGGUCACGGCCUGAGGUCGCCCGGGGUCGAGGGGCGCUUCCUGGAGACCCACGAGACCAUCGGUCCAACAGCUUCUGGGACGGAAGAGUUACAGAUUUGUCUGCUUACAAAUAGCAUGAAAUCAUAAUAUUGCAUGUACUGGGUAUGGCGUGUAAAAAAACCAAUAAAGUAGUUUCUGAAGUAUAUCAUA